UUGACCAGGGUUCUAUUUCAGCCAGUUGUUUUCGUGCACGGUCUUGGCGGAAAAGCAGCCGAUUACGCAUCACAUCGCAAAUAUUUCAUUGAUCAUGGAUAUUCAAGCAACGAACUGUACGCAACAACCUAUGGCGAUCCAAGCGUGGAUGACAUUUGGAAUAUAAACAUUUCAUGCGACUCGUUUAGGCAGAUCCAUCAAUUCAUAAGAGCGGUUGCCGAAUACACAAUAAACACUGUUGAUCUUGUGGCUUAUUCUGGUGGUGCACUUAUUGCUCGAAAGGCAAUUCUUGGUGGAAAAUGUCCUGACAGUAGUAGUGAAAAUGUCGGAUCACCUCUAACCUCCUUGAAAGAAAUGCGAGCCCAACAAGGUCACUUCGAAGGCCAACGAACAUUGGCCAUCUACAGUACAGGCGACCAUACGAUUGGGCGACGAUGCUGCGGGACAGAAUGUGCUAGCCUAAGAAAUGCUUCUGAGGUGUAUGUACUCGGAAGGAUCGGUCAUCGCUCAAUUUUGUACGGCACACUGCAGAAACAAUUCGAAUUCAUCUCCAAUUCGAGUUCACGCAUCCAUGAACCAACGCAGAAGGCUCUGAAACGCCGCUCGCUUCAACUACCAGCCAACUCAACAAGCGAUAGUGAACUCAGUGGAACAUUUCAAAAUUCAACCGAAGUGACAACAGUUACGAUAACUUCAUCGGCUUCAUUACCGAUGUCCACCACACAAUCGAAACCUAAAAUUAUCAAAACUUUGGAAAACGACAACAACUUCGAUCCAACAAUCCCAUUAAUUUUCGCUUUCAUUGCGCUUAUUGUAUUUCUGUUUAAAUUUUUGAGUAGAUGUGAAUUUGCAAGACUAUUGCUAUCGUUCAACAAGAUAAAAGUGGAUUUAAGAGCCGAUUUGUGGGAUGAUUUCGUGAUGCUGUCCGGUGAGGACAAUAUAACAAGGACGCAGAAUAUCAUGGCAAUCUCAGACGACUACUAUUUGAUCGAUCUUGGCAUCGGUGUACCUAGUAAGUUCGACGCUUCCGUAAAUUGCUAA